AAUUAAAAUUAGGCGUGCGUGACACUUUCUCGUUUUUGAAAGAAAAAACGGCACGCAGUGUAAGAAAAAAACGCUAUAUCGUGUUCAAAUUUUAUCACUUUUCGAUACUUCCCAAGUUCACUGACAUGGCGACCACUUCAAUCUUCGCCGCCGCCGUCACCGGCACCACGGAUGUGACACCUCUGUUUAAUCCCUCUUCGUUGAUCAUCGGAAAAUCAUUAUCUCCUUCUUCAAAAUCCGCCUCAAUCAGAUCCUCCGUUUCGUUUUCCCGCAAAACCCUAACUCCAAUCCGGUACUCUUCCUCUCCCGCCGAUCACACACCCACAGCCGCUGCCGCCGUGGAAUCGAUCACGAAUCGAUCCAAAACCUCCUUGAAAUCUCGCCUCCGUGGCGGAGAAACUCUCUACGGCCUCUUUCUACUCUCCUUCUCUCCGACUUUAGCCGAGAUCGCAGCUCACGCCGGUUACGAUUACGUCGUCGUUGACAUGGAACACGGCCCCGGAGGCAUACCGGAAGCGUUAGAUUGCAUCCGAGCUCUCAACGCCGCCGGAACCUCCGCCAUUCUCCGAUUACCUGAGAACUCGGCAACCUGGGCUAAGAAAGCCUUAGAUCUAGGUCCACAAGGGAUCAUGUUCCCGAUGAUCGAAUCUCGCAAAGACGCGACCAAAGCGGUGUCGUAUUGCCGGUUUCCACCCGACGGCAUCCGAGGAUCGGCGCACACGGUGGUGCGAGCUUCGAACUACGGAAUCGACGAAGGGUAUUUAAGUAAUUACGCAGAAGAGAUUCUGAUCAUGUGUCAGGUGGAAUCAGGCGAAGGAGUGAAGAAAGCUGAUGAGAUCGCAGCCGUUGAUGGCGUUGACUGCGUGCAAAUGGGACCGUUGGAUCUUAGCGCGAGUUUGGGGUAUCUGUGGGAUCCGGGGCAUAAGAAAGUGAGAGAGAUGAUGAGGAGAGCUGAGAAGUCUGUGCUGGCCUCGGAUCCUGUUAAGUACUUAAGUUGA